AUGGCCGAUGCGACCAUCGUGACGCCAGCAGUGCCCGACGCUCCAGCACUUGCCUUGCACGCUCCCAUUGAGGCGUUUGCGUUGCUUGAAAACAACAAUAUCAAUCAAGUCCAUGUCCUCGUCGUCAUCCCUCCAUUGUUGAGAAACGUUCGACGAUACGAGCGAUGCGCGAGUUUCUGCGAUCGGAUCAACUAUGUUGUCGGUACGUCGGCGUUGGUUGUGGCAGUUCUUUACUCGACGCUUCCACCGGGUCCCGCGUGCACAAGCCAUUGUUUGUGCCCCGGCUUCAACGACACUCUGUCAUGCGCUUUAAAAGGCUUAGUGACCGUCCUGCCGAUCGCCCUGGCUUUCGGGCUAUUGGUCAAGUGCUACUUGGAAUCGAAGGUGAAGGCUGCGAAGGAAACGUUUAAAUACGGCGCCACGGUGUACACCUAG